AUGAAGAAAGCAAGAGUUACACAAAAAAAUAUUCAAUUUCAUAAUGAUAUUCAAAUUAGAGAAAUUCCACGAAAUGAAUCUGAACCAGAAAUAAUAUCUAGUAAUAUUAAUGAACAGUCAUCAUGGGAUCCAGAUUUAACAAAUACAAAUGCAUUCAAUAAACAACCAACACAAUUCAACGUCGUUAUUAUUGUCAUUGUAGUUGUUGGUAUUGUUCUUGUUGGUGCUAUCAUUGGAACUGUAGUCGGUGUGAUACUAACUCAAAAAACAAAGACUGUCGCCGAUAAUUCGCUUACAUAUAAUGAAGCAUGUACAGUAGGCUCAAAUCAGUGUAUUUCAUCGCAAAAUCUUUCUUGUUCAAAUGGAUUUUGUUCUUGUUCAUCACCAUAUUCAUGGAAUUCGGUAACGACAUCGUGUACAUAUUUAACUUAUAAUCAAUCAUGUACAGCAUCAAAUCAAUGUGAUUCGACAGUUGAUCUUACUUGUACAGGUACUUGCACAUGUAAUAAUUUAAAAGUAUGGAAUAUAUCGACUUGCGUUUGUCCAGCUGGCACAUUUUUAAAUUCCUCUAAUAUAUGUCAAACUGGAUAUACUGUUAAUCAGUCAUGUACAAUGGGUUCAAAUCAAUGUGAUUCAACAAAAGGUCUUUAUUGUAAUAAUAGUCGAUGUCAAUGUGACUAUUCAACGAAAUAUUGGAAUAUCAAUUUUCUAACAUGCAAUUCACGUCUUAAUUAUAGUGAAAUGUGUGUAUAUGAUAGUGAUUGUUUACCAACAUUGAUUUGUCCAACAGUGCCAGGUGUAUGUAAUUGUUCUCGAUAUUUACCUGAUUUAGUUUGUAACUGUGACAAUACAAAAUAUUAUGAUCCAAUGACAUUACAAUGUGUCAAUCGAGCAACGUAUGGUGGUUCAUGUUCAGCAUCAGCUAAUUAUACAUGUCUUUUAACACUCUAUUGUAAUGCGGGUACAUGUGCUUGUCCAACAGGCACUACUUGGGUAGCUGCAAAUACCGCUUGUGUUACUUCGGGAUGA